GGGUUGGACAUUUGAUCACUUCCGUCAAAAUACAACAAAUGGUCAGCUAACGGUAAGCUAACCAUGCAAGUCGCGAGUAAUAAUUUAUGUUGAUUUUUAAAUGAUCCUUGGGGUUAAUAGAUCUCUCCGCUCGUUUGGGAGUCGACUAUCACCAGUUCCACAGUGGCAGCAUUGACGCUAAUGGAGCCAUCUACUAAACCUGGGAGCAACCAGGUGGCUGAUGUGGUGUUCGUCAUUGAAGGGACUGCAAACCUUGGACCGUACUUUGAAUCUCUGAGGAAAAAUUACAUACUUCCAGCUAUUGAAUUUUUCAAUGGUGGGCCUCCAGCAGAAACAGAUUUUGGUGGCGAUUAUGGAGGGACACAGUAUGGGCUUGUUGUGUUCAACACAGUUGAUUGUGCUCCUGAAUCCUACGCCCAGUGCCAUGCACCAACCAGCUCUGCGUUUGAGUUUGUUUCAUGGAUUGACAGCAUCCAGUUCAUGGGAGGUGGAGCAGAAAGCUGUAGUCUAAUUGCAGAAGGGCUCUCUGUGGCUUUGCAGCUCUUUGAUGACUUUAAAAAGAUGAGAGAGCAAAUAGGUCAGACGCAUAAGGUGUGUGUACUUCUGUGUAACUCUCCUCCAUACCUGCUCCCUGCUGUGGAGAGCGUCACCUACACUGGCUGCACAGCAGACAACCUUGUCAAAAUCAUCAGAGAUAGAGGAAUUCACUUCUCUGUGGUGGCUCCUCGCAAACUGCCGGCUUUAAGGUCUUUGUUUGAGCGGGCGUCUCCAGUAGGAGGGGUGGUUGAACCCCACCCAGAGUACAGUCAGGACCCUUUUCACAUGGUCUUAGUAAGAGGCAUCUCUCUUCCUGUUUCUUCAGGUGGGGGGCCUGGGCCACUCAAACCUGUCCUCCCUCCACAGCCUCUCCCUGUCAGUCAACCUCCUGGUGGAACUCCUCAGCCCACUCCCCCCAUAAACACACCCCACUCUUACUCGAAUCAGGUCUCGAUUUCUGCUGCUCAGAUGGCUGCACAGGUAGCUGUGGAUAUAGCCAACCAUCAGAAAAAUCGCUUUGGAGGAAUGGUUGGUCAACCUUCUCCAUUUCAGCAAACGAUCCCAUCAGUCUCUGGGGUAAAGCACCAGCCCAGCAUAUCAACAGUCACUACAGCAACACAACCCAUUAUGGCACAGCAGCCAGGUGUUCCCAGUCAACCACAGCCAGUCCCACCUCCAGGACAGCCACCACCAAAUCAGCAGCCGCCCCCUCAGCAGCAGCCCACGCCAAAUCAGUCUGCGCCUCCCUCAGCACAGUCUACAAUGUCUGGUGUGUCUGGAGCUCAAGGCAAUGCAGGUUCAAUUGGUCAGCCGCAAGGUGCUGCCAAUAAAAUCGUCGCAUGGAGUGGCGUCCUGGAGUGGCAGGAGAAGCCUAAAGCCUCGUCUAUGGAUUCCGCCACCAAACUGACACGCUCUCUACCCUGUCAAGUGCAUGUUAACCAGGGGGAAAAUCUAAACACAGAACAGUGGCCUCAGAAGCUCAUAAUGCAGCUGAUUCCACAGCAGCUACUGACAACCCUUGGUCACCUCUUCAGGAACUCCCGAAUGGUCCAGUUUCUUUUCACCAACAAAGACAUGGAGUCUCUGAAAGGGCUGUACCGCAUUAUGGCCAACGGCUUUGCUGGCUGCGUCCACUUCCCACACACCACCUCCCCUUGUGAAGUGCGGGUGCUCAUGCUGCUCUACUCAUCCAAGAAGAGAAUAUUCAUGGGCCUCAUCCCCAACGACCAGAGUGGCUUCGUCAACGGCAUCCGGCAAGUCAUCACCAACCACAAGCAGGUCCAGCAGCACAGAGCGUUGAGCGGAGCAGGAGGUCCGAUGCAGCCUGGUCAGGUGCCCAACCAGAACUUCCUCAACAGGCCACCCGGCCCCAUGCCAGUUUCCCACGGCAACGUGCAGCAGUCUGUGGUGGUGGGCAUGCCUCCUGUUAGUCAGGUCUCUAUGAUGGAGGAGCAACAGAGGCAGAACAACAUGAUGGCUAUGAGAGCAGCCGGCCCGAACAACCAACAGCCACAGGUCAGCGGCGCUCCACCCAACCAGGUCCCCCAGAGUGGACAAGCCCCGCCUCCGGGUCCGAUACUCCGCCUCCCAAACCCAGGAGCCAAUCCACAGCUUCGCAGUCUUCUCCUCAGUCAACAGCAGCCACAGGGCGGAGUGUCUCACAUGCCAGGAAUGAUGUCUCACCAGAGUUUAGGGCAGCAGUUGGUCCACCCAGCUCCAGGAGGGGGGGCUCAAAUGCAGGCCCAGUGGAGGCAACCUCUGACAGGUCAGAUGCUGAUGUCUGGAGGUCAGAGAGGAGCUGUACCCCAGCCCGGGAUGCCUCAAGUCUCCAGCGCCAUGGAGGAUGAAAUCCUCAUGGACCUCCUCUGAUUGAACAUUGUGAACCCGGGAACAGAGAUUAACGGUCAAUCUCGGCUGCCUCCUGCGAGUUCACACACAUUCAUCCACGCUGUUGGUUUAUCGCUACAAAUGCUCGGCAUAAUUAAGGAAUGAAUCAUGAGUUGUUUGUUUUUUUUAUAGCACUGUGCAACUGAAGUUAAUUAGGGGCAGAAAAUGCCAGCAUUAGUUUUUCAUGUAAAUGGUCAACAAACUGCACGCUAAUCCUCCACACCAGUGGAAACGUCUACUCCGUUGAGCAUCUAGAGGAACUACUCUUCUACAGCUAUCGCUGAAGUCUGAAACAGUGUUUUUUGUUUUCCUUUUUAACUGUGGUUUUACUUUUUUAUUAGCGUUCAAUUUUUUUUUUUAGGAUAAAAUAAAAGUAUGGGACACUGAUAA